UGUCAGCAGAGUGAUAAACUCUAACCCUUGACGCUUCCCUACCUCAUCUUUGCUGUUCGUUACUUGUUGGAUGAUUGUGGUACUUCUGUAUCACCUCCUACUCCUGUCACUGCUUAUUCGAUGGAGGACAGGUGGGGUUAUGCACCGUUCAAAUACAGAGCACACCGACAAUGACGAGAUGACGAAUCACGAGUCUGGACCUAUUUCACAUGUGCAACGGCAAAUUCAAAUUGACUGGAUAGAAGGUUUCAUACUCUAUUCAGCCGGCGCGGUGCGGUACCGGUACGAUUGGGUCACGCCUGGGCAUGCGGACGGCAAAUGCGAAGAAUGAAGGGCCCGUUCACGUUGAGCCCCGCCUCAGGUCCGUCUUCCGCGGCAACUGAGAGGAGAUCGGGGGUAAAUGGGAUGAUUAAGCUGGUACAUGGCAACCCGUAAUUGGCAGGGCAUGAGACUCCUCGGCAGUAU